ACAGCUUUUAUGAAUCGAAAGGAAUUAUGAAAGUCACACUGUCAACUAAUUCAAUUUUUCUCAUCUUUUCCUUCCUGUUUAUGUAGCUGACACACGAAUAUGGAGCCCGUGGGUCCCCCGCUCUGACCGCUUCUUUUUGAGGGUGCGCAGGUUGAUGAGGGCGUCUCCCUGUCACCCAGUUAAGAGUUUGUGUGCCCGCUAAUGUCAGGAGACAGUGAGGAGGGGCGGGCGCUGCCAACAUGUGACAGAGAGCAGUCUGCUGGUUUCUCCACACCCAUCUGACCAUUAAACACUCCAACACCGACUCCACUUGAUGCUCUCUCUUCCUCCGGGAUCACCAGGACAAUUUUUUUUGUUUUUUUUCCUCCUCCACUUCUUCGUCUUCUUCUCCUCAACACGCUCUGUAAUGUCCUGUUAAUUUUGUGUGCACCAGUUAAUGAGCAUUAAUCCAUCACACCUGGGUGCUUUUGUUGUAGGGGGAUGUCCAUUUGAAUGCAAAUGCGUGACACUUUGACAGCGAGGUGCUUAUUAAACUGAUGUGUCCUCCUGUCUUUUUUGCUGCGAGCUCGGGAGAGUGAAACGAGGAGCGGCUCGGACUAUACCAGGAGUCGCUCACAUUAAGUUCUGGUUAACAAUAAUAACAAAAUGACAAGUUCUGCUUCACUGGAGACGGUGAUGUCCUGCGGUAGGACCGGACCAUCCGCUGCACCCAAGACCCUGGCUUUCUCCAUAGACCGGAUCAUGUCCAAGAACUCGGAGUCGAAGUGCGCGGAGGAGCGGUCCGAGGGGAAGAAGCUGUUAGGACUGUGUUCCCCGAUCCCUUGUAUGAUCCCGCUGCAGCCCUUGAGCUACGACCUCCAAGCCAAGGCACUGAUGAACUACUCCGAGCUCUGGAGAGCCAGUUUCAGGGGGACCUUGUGCAGUUCCGCUGCGGCUCCGUGCAAAGGAAACUGCUCCAUGUGCGACAAAGCGGAGUCGAGCAUGAAGCAGCCGCUGAUCACGUCUGGAAGCAGAGUGGUGAAACCACAGGUCAUCCACCAGGCCGUGGCCGUGCCGAGCGGCGGCUCGCUUUACUAUGUCAACUACCUGGAGUCUGCCUACCAGCAGUCCGAGCUGCUGGCCGGACACUGGUUCUCCAGCCCGCAGGCCCAGGCCUCGCUGUCCGCGCACCACCGCCUCCUGCUCCUGGAGAACGCCAAGCUCGCGGGGCUGGGCGCCGACAAGCUGCCCACGCCUCAAUACCCACACAAGGAGCAUCUGCCGGGUCAGCUGGACCAAAUAGUGAAGGAGAACCACGGCGUGAGCUCCGAGAAAAACGGCGUCAAGAGCCACAGCAAACUGAGCGGCACCGGCACUGCCGACGGAAAACCCAAAAACUUUACCUGUGAAGUGUGUGGAAAGGUUUUUAACGCGCAUUACAACCUGACCAGACACAUGCCAGUGCAUACGGGAGCGCGGCCCUUCGUGUGCAAAGUGUGCGGGAAAGGAUUUCGCCAGGCCAGCACACUGUGCAGACACAAGAUCAUCCACACGCAGGAAAAGCCCCAUAAAUGCAACCAAUGUGGGAAAGCGUUCAACAGAAGCUCGACGCUCAACACUCAUGUUCGUAUCCAUGCCGGGUACAAACCUUUCGUCUGUGAAUUCUGCGGAAAAGGCUUCCAUCAGAAAGGAAACUACAAGAAUCACAAGCUGACUCACAGCGGAGAGAAGCAGUACAAGUGCUCUAUCUGCAACAAGGCCUUCCACCAGAUCUACAACUUGACCUUUCACAUGCACACACACAAUGACAAGAAGCCCUUCACCUGCACCACCUGUGGCAAGGGUUUCUGUCGCAACUUUGACCUGAAGAAGCACAUUAGAAAGCUCCACGACAACAGUUUCUCAGCAGCAACAGAGGCCUCCAGAGAAGUACAAAGCUGAGCCACCAUUGGAGAUUCCUCCCAGCAUAUUUUAAAACUCCUCCCUGAACUGUGAGGCCUCACACAGACUGAAUUAUGAGUCUUGGGAAAAGAAAGUGGAGUACCUUACAAUCUGUUAACAUACUGUGGAACACUGGUGAAUCAACAGUGACACUGUAAGGAACAAAAGAGCAAAGAAACGCUGCAACAACAUAUACUUAAGACCACACUGUAGGAAUAUUUAUUCCAGGUAGAUUUUCUUCCUCCAUUAUCACAAACUAUCACCACGUCCUCCACAAUGGAAAUGUAAAUAACAGCUUAUCGAAAAAGUAUUUAAAAUGCGAAUAAUCCGGGGAGCUACACUGCCCUGUUGUGUAUUUUACAGAAAUAUUGUUAAUGUGAAUAAUUAAGUUAUAAUGAAAACUGAAUGUUUCAGCUAUGUUGUUUUUACUUUUAAAGGCAUUUGAAAAUAAACCUGAUUGA